GGGUGGGGGUGGGGGUGGGGGUGUGGUGGCAGCCGCUGGGUAUGGGUGGGUUUGUGGGGUUUUUAUUUUUUUGUUUUUUUUUAAAAAAAAAAUAAUUUAAGCCAAUCAUACGCUGACACGUGGCUAGGUAACCUGCUACAUCAGGUUAGAUGACCUGUUGGGUGCAACGAAAAUUAAUACCCCCUAAAGUUGGGUGCAAUAGAUAAUAAACGAAAGUUGAGAUUAUUUUCGGCGGACGAGGCAAAGUUCAGAUUAAUGGGAGCAAUUUUUCCAAAAAAAAUCCUCUUGUUAUGUUUUGUUGGAUUAGAUGGAGGAAUUCAAUCCCAAUAUACGCAAGCUGUCAGUCUUACUCUCUCCGUCCCUAAAUUACAUUUCUACUUUUAGCAUUUAUCCUCACAUAAUAAUAGAGAGAAAUAGGAACGUAAUUGAGGUUUAGAGGAAGUAUCAAUGCUUUAUCAUCCUAAUCAGGGUGGAAAUGCCCAAAUAACCAAAAACAAAGAAAAAAACGAAUAUUUGUUUACUCGUAUUUAGAUUGUUCAGUACUCCGUAUAUUACUACAUAACGGCUGACUGACUUCUCCCUUGGCUAACCAGCAACUCAGCAAGCAACUCUACACUCUGGCCCCUGUACGGCGUGAAUUAGAGCCAGAAUUAUGAUGCAGGCACUGUGUAGAACAACUAAUCGCACUUUCUUCAACUCACUCCAUUUUUAUUCUAUUCUACGGGGUUCAUCACAAACGAACAAUUUAUCUCAUUAUUCAUCAAAUUUUCAUACUUAUUUGCAAUACCAAUCAAAGGGUAUCUUUACUAAGCAAUUGGAAUCUAAUGUAAACUGGAUUUCUCAGGGUGUUACUAGAUUGUUGAGUGUUAGGAAGUUGAGCAAUGAAUCUGUUGUUGGUGUAAAGGAUGAUAAUGGUGUUGUUAGGUUUUCUUUCGGCGAUUCGCCUUGUCGAAAGGGUGAUGCUAGGGUUGCUGCUGAAGAAGGUAAGGGGAUGAUGGUGAGAAAGAAAAAGAAGUCAAAGAAGGCUAAGGUGAAUGAAUUGAGGCUUUACCGGCUUAUGGCGAAGAAGAAGAUGAAAUCGUCGAAUCCUGAAGUUAGGAUUAGAUAUAAACUGGAAAAGGCAAAGCGAAAGGAAGCUUGGCUGAUUGAGAAGUUGAGAAAAUUUGAGUUACCUAAGGCUCCAGCUGAAACACAUGAUCCUGAAAGUUUAACAGAGGAAGAGAAAUUUUAUUUGAAACGCACUGGUGAGAAAAAGAAAAAUUAUGUUCCUGUUGGAAGACGAGGAGUCUUUGGGGGAGUUGUGCUUAAUAUGCAUUUGCAUUGGAAAAAGCAUGAAACAGUUAAGGUUGUUUGCAAACCUUGUAAGCCUGGGCAGGUUCAUGAAAUUGCGGAAGAGCUUGUUCGGCUGAGCAGAGGUAUUGUCAUUGACAUAAAGCCUGACAACACUAUAAUAUUUUACCGGGGAAAAAAUUAUGUGCAGCCAGAUGUUAUGUCUCCUCCUGAUACACUGUCAAAGGCAAAGGCUUUGGAGAAGUAUCAGUAUGAACAGUCCCUUGAGCAUACAAGUCAAUUCAUUGAAAAGUUGGAGAAGGAGCUGGAAGAGUAUCAUGAACACCUUGCUCAGUACAAUAGAGGGAAAAAUAAUGCAUCAAAAGAUUCUACUACACUUGAUUGAUGUGCCUUUACCAAUUCCCAGGCUGGGGCUGCUACUAGAAGAUGUUUUGAUGUAGGCAAAAUCUGCUCUUGGAGGACCAUUAUCGAUGGAUUUGAUGCUCCUUGUUAGCAAUAGAAGAAUUGGCCAAAAUGAAGCUUUUUCGAGACCUUUUGGCUCAUUUGAUACACGGUUGUGGGUUAGGGGGAAUCAUACUGAGUUAGUGUAUUAUUUUUGGUAGUAAGUCCCAGGUUGAUGUCUUAAUUGUGGCAUCUCUGCUACCAAACAUGUAUGAAUUGUCAUUGAUCUUAUUUUUUCAACAGAUGCUCACACGUCUGGGUGGUAAUAAGUGAAAAUGGAAAUUAGUUCCGGCAACUUGUUAGUGGAGAUGCAAUGUAAUGGGCAUUCACUUGGACUUUCCAUGUAAAAUGUACGAGCACAUUUCACGAAUAAGUGCUUGCUCAAUGGCGUAUCAAAUGAGCGGUUAGUGUACCGUGGAGGAAGAAAUUGAUGAUUGAGAGUCAAGCAUAAUGCUGAAAGAUGGAGAUGCUUCUACAGCCCCAUGCCUUAAGAAUGGACCUGGCUCAUAGAAGAAACUUUUGGUACACGAGAUGGAGACUUGUACUGACUGGUUCAUGAUCCAGGCUGUAUCCUAACUCAGAGUAGUCUAUUAUUCCAGGCCGUAUGCAGCUGGACCUGGGCUAUUAUGUGGAAGUGCAUCCAGUGCCUAUCUGGCUGUAUAACUGGGAGAAUUUUUUACUUGAUCCGUCAUCGUGACUAAAUAUUGGUCUCUUAAUGGUCUGCAUGCUUGAUUAUGCAAUUGGAAACAAUUCACCCCACUAUCUAAUAUGAUGAGGAGCCUUUUGGGUUUCUACACAGACAUUGUCCCUGGAGAGCUGAACUGCCGAAGUACUUGGUUAUGCUCAUGGAUGAUAAUCUAAGUUUCCGCGGAUGCUAUAUGCUUGAUUUUUAUCCUAUUGUGUGGUAUAAACUCUAGAGUUUGUCUAGCUUUCUGCCAAUGUAUAAUGCUGUUAGUGGUCCAGUAGUCUAUGAAACAAUAGUAGGAGUGUAGGACUGCGAAUUAUAUCGAGGAAGGCGGAACUAACUCUUAUCUCUUAUGCCUAAUAAAUGUUCCAACGUAACAUUCUCUUAA